AUGUUGGAGAAACGCAAGCCUGAGUUCGCAAUGAAACUCUUUUCAAACGACAAGGAGGCCUUAACAAGUUUGUACGAAAAGCUUGGUGAUCCAGAAAUGGUGAAAGAUUUAAGAGGCUUCUAUGAAGAAGGCUCGACAACCAAGUAUUGCGAUAAGGUCUUCACUAAGAUGAUGUUGCUGGAUGCUUGUUUUAUUUUGUAUCUCAUUAAUUCCGUUUUUGAUCGGAAUAUUCGAAGUACGUUCCCGCUCUAUAUGCUAAUCAAUCUUAUGUAUAUGUUGGGGUCUACGAAGCCGAAAAGAACAUGGUUAGAAUCAAUACUUUGCAUCCGAAGUGAUCAAAGAAGUGGUGAACAACGUCAGAAAUCGGAGUUAAUUGGUGGCAAGGAACCGGAUCAUCUUCUCCAUCUUCUUCAUCGUAGUCAUACAACUCGCAAUAUCUACAUAGAUCCCUUUGGUGAUCUGAAUCAAAAUUACAUCUACAAAAGCAAUAAUUUCCCCAAUGUUAACCAGCUUUUGGAUGUAGGGAUUCGUUUCAAGCCAAGUGAUCACACUAUUUCUUUAGAGCACUUUGACUUCUCUAAAGGCUGGUGUGGCUUUUCAAUUGCUGUACAACUCCCUCCAAUGGACGUGACUGGUUACACCAAGCCGAUUUUGUUAAACCUAAUAGCCUAUGAAAUGUACUCGGGUGAAGAUGACUGGGUUACAUCGUAUGUUUGUCUUCUUCAUUCUCUGAUUGGUGACCAUGAGGACGUUAAGGUUCUUACAAAAGCUGGGGUGCUUGAAAACUGGUUAGGGACUGAUAGUGAAGUCGUCGAAUUGCUUAGAGAAGGCCCUAACUAUCUGCACACCCAGUUUGCCUAUCUGCACACUUAG